GCCGAGGUGACGCAGUGACGCGGAGGAUUAGCUUGAGGACCAGCUAAUCUAAGUGCAAUUCAGCUUUGUAGCACACUUCGAGAUCUGUGAGGAAAUUUAGGACUAACAACGCACAAACACACGAGUUUAUCGACCGACUAUGGCAGCUGUCCUGGAUGUGCUGUGGGAAGACCGAGAUGUUAGGUUCGAUAUUACGGCACAGCAAAUGAAAACAAGACCCGGGGAAGUCCUUAUAGAUUGUUUGGAUUCCAUAGAAGACACGAAGGGAAACAACGGCGACAGAGGUAGACUUUUGGUGACCAACCUGAGAAUCAUCUGGCAUUCGCUUGCUCUGCCAAGAGUUAACCUCUCUGUAGGAUACAACACCGUCAUCAACAUCACAACAAGAACAGCCAAUUCGAAACUGAGGGGGCAAACAGAGGCCUUGUACAUACUAACCAAGUCUAACAACACCCGGUUUGAGUUCAUCUUCACCAAUGUGGUGCCCGGCAGCCCCAGACUCUUCAUAUCAGUCAUUGCUGUGCACAGGGCGUAUGAAACGUCUAAAAUGUAUCGGGACCUGAAGCUGAGGGGGGCUCUGAUUCAGAACAAGCAGCUGCGGCUCCUUCCACGAGAGCAGGUGUACGACAAGAUCAACGGUGUGUGGAAUCUCUCCAGUGACCAGGGCAACCUGGGAACCUUCUUCAUCACUAAUGUCCGGAUCGUGUGGCAUGCCAACAUGAACGAGAGCUUCAAUGUCAGCAUCCCCUACCUGCAGAUCCGCUCCAUUAGGAUAAGAGACUCCAAGUUUGGUCUGGCCCUGGUCAUAGAGAGCUCACAGCAGACUGGAGGCUACGUUCUGGGCUUCAAGAUUGACCCCAUGGACAAGCUGCAAGAUGCGGUGAAGGAGAUCAACUCUCUGCACAAAGUCUACUCCAACAACCCCAUCUUUGGUGUUGAGUACGAGAUGGAGGAGAAGCCUCAGCCACUGGAGGAGCUGACGGUGGAGCAGCCACCAGAUGAUGUGGAGAUCGAACCAGACGAGCAAACAGACGCCUUCACUGCCUACUUUGCUGAUGGAAAUAAGCAACAGGACAGGGAGCCGGUGUUCUCUGAGGAGCUGGGCCUGGCCAUCGAGAAGCUGAAGGACGGCUUCACCCUGCAGGGCCUCUGGGAGGUCAUGGGCUGAGGCAGUGUGGCCCAAAUGUCCAUGGGACACCCGUGUCCAUGUUUUAUGACCUUCUCCUCUGCCCUACCCCCACCCCACAGCAACAGGACCCUGAAGCCAAUGAGAUCAUGGACUGACACGUUUAAAUAUAGGACAAUUAGAUGCUGUGUGUUGACUAGCCCUGUCUAUUGGAAUGAAUGUGUCAAUCUUGGUACGGGGGUAACGCUGCUUGAAAUGAAUGAACAUAAAGGCGUAAGGUGAUACGCAAAUCAUCCAGUAGGUGGCAGCAAAAUAACAUCUUUGCUGAUGGUUGUGAAAGACAUAGGAACCCCAUACUAGGACAGCAGCGCUGUGGCUGUGGCUGUCACGAGGCAGCACGGAUGCGGAUGCCUGACUCAUCUUUGAAAGGAAAAUGUAUGUCCGCAACACUGUUGGAUGCUCCCAGACAAAGUUUUAUGACACAAUGCCAUUAAACUUUGUCCGGGAGCAUUGAACCGAUAUUGUCCUUUCAGUAAUCUUUGGUGUGGCCCGGAACCUGUGCUACUGAUGCGCACACAUUCUCUGACUUUUUGGCACUCCGCUCUACCAGCCUCACAAAAGCCAUCCGCCCCACCUGACCACCUGAAUGUCCACAUGUUAGGUAUUCCAUGAAGCAGGAUUACAUUGUACUCUGUACUGUGGACUGAACUUGGACCGUUUCCUCUGCACAAGUGGUAAACCUGCUAAUAGCUGGGCCCUGAAUUUUUCUGGAAGAAUGAAUCCAUAAGACCCCUCGUUGCCACUCACUCAGACCAAGAGGUCACUAAAACACAUACUAGUGCAACUGGUAAAUCUGUUAAUAGCUGAUCCCUCUGAUGUGGUUUUGCUAGAAGAUUGAAUUCAUAAGACCCUUAUAUUAUGAUAAUUACCAUUCUUGGACAGUAAACCACAUACAGCGCUUGGAGUACUCCCAGGGUGUAGUUUUUGUGAGGCAGUGGUUGUCUGUUUGUCUUGCUGAGAUGGUAACUUACUUACCAAAGUUAUCUGUUUUGUUUGAUGAAUUUUCAUGAACUAAAGUAACCAUGUCUGUUCUAUGUGUUAGUGAGUGACAGUGACAAUGUUGAAUAUGGAGUGUGUGUGUUAUUGUAUCACGUAAAUGUAUAUGAGCGGUUUGUAUAGAUUUCUAUUAAACAAUCUAUUUAUUCUUUUGA